AUAGAAAGUGAUAGUACCGCUCCCUGGCUUUUCACUGAAGAAUUCGCCGGUACCUGUCUUGCAGGGUGAUAAAUCUAGCGAGUUAUCGAUUCCGAUUGUCGGUUUCGUUUAGUUUUGUUAUCUGUUGUACAUUUUCCUUACAAUAUUAUUAUAAAAUGUCGGAACACAAAAGUAGUUUAAAUAUAUCUGAUUUCUAUGAACAUGAAGAUGUUUCCUUGGAAUAUAUUAUGGAAAAUGUUCUUUACGUUGAAAAGAAAGACGACGACGAUAGUGAGUUCCAACAUCUAGAAAGGGAAUAUAAUUCCAUACUUUUGAAUGGGUGUGAUUGCAAUUCAGAGAAAAUUAAUUGUAUCAAAUGCCUUCAUGGAAGGAAUUAUAAAUGGCUCUCAGAAGCAACGGAACUUGUUUUAGAUGUAGACAAAUGUGAAGAUCUUAUUUACGAAUGUAGUUCUGCAUGUAAAUGUGAUCCUUCAAAGUGUAGCAAUCGUCUUGUUCAAAAUGGUCCCAGAGCUGGUCUGAAGGUAGUGCAUUCCAAUAUAUUUAAAUCCAAAGGCUUGAUUUCAAGUGAGCUAAUCCCUAGAGGAGGAUUUAUUUGUGAAUAUGCCGGAGAAAUACUUUCAUUUAAAGAAGCUUCUAAACGCUUAAAGAAAUAUGAGCAAAUUCUUGACAAAAAUUACAUUUUGUUUAUGAAAGAGUGGAAUAAGAACCAAGUUCUUAAAAACCCUAUCACAACAAUUAUUGACCCAACCCAAAAAGGAAAUAUUGGACGGUACAUAAAUCAUAGCUGCGAUCCGAAUUGUGAAAUACGAUGUGUACGGAUUGAUUGCCCCAUCCCGAAAAUUGCCGUAUUUGCGAAACGAGAUAUAAAAGCUGGAGUGGAACUAUGUUUUCAUUAUAAUGGGGGAGACGAAAUUUUGUUAAAAGUACAACGGCGACUUUGUCUGUGUAGAUCUGCUAAUUGUUCAGGAUAUAUGCCUUAUGCUAAUAUUGAACUACCUUAAGUUAUGUCAGACACAUAUACAAAUUCGAUUUGAGGUUAUUGAAGGAGCCUACUAAACAUUUUUAUUGUGAAUAACAAACUUUCUAUAACAAAAUGGUUUUUACUUAAAAUAUCAUAUAGUGCGUUGUAAUGCAAAGAUACGAAGACAAGAAAGAGGACAAAAUAAUUUUACAAAUGUAUAUGUGUAUAUAUUUAAAUAAAACAAUAACAAAUUUUAAA